GUAUGUGAUGCCAGUAUAAAAGUGCCAGUGCGGGAGGUUUGUCCACAUACCAACUACCAACAUGAAGGUCCUGCUUCUUACAGUCCUGCUGCUGCUGCUGUGUAGCACUCAAGUGCUCACACUCAGGUGCUACACCUGUGAAAGUGACAACGACGACCUCUGUAAGACGGAGACAGAUUGCCCGGACACAGCUCAGUACUGCAAGACUGUUAUGGGCGGAGGUGACAUUAAGUCUCGAACUUGUGAGGAGUUUUGCGCUGAGGACCUUUUCACAACCUGCUGCCAACAGGACCUUUGCUAGACCUGAGGCGUCAAUCAGCGUUCACUGUCGCUUUCUGUUUAAUGACAACAGUGUGAAAAAAAUUCAUCACUUAAAUCUGAACAUGAUGGAAGAUGACUUAAAAGAUUUUAAUUAAACUAUCCUGUCUUUGAUUUGCUUUUAUUAAUAGUUUCACUUAAAUCUACAAAUGUUGAAUAGCUUGUACUGAUUCAUCAUUUGACAGCCUUGUCAAACUGCGCAACACGCUGGUAGUCACAGCCAUGAUUUUUUUAAUGCACAAGUGCCCGAAGCAGGGCACGCAAACACACAUGCACGCAAACACACACUUAAUCCUUCCUGAUGUCACUUAGUGGGUCACUGCAACAGCCUAAUGCUAUGUGGGUCGCUGUCUGUCUCUGCUGCAAUGUAACGCUGGAUCAUCAUCUGUUUCAAAAUCAAAACAAGAAUAAAUCUUUGAAUUGAUCUCA